AUGGCCUACAUACAAAAUAUCUCUAUGUUUCUGUUCCUUCUUGCUGGUUUUUCCUGCCUUCAAAUUUCACUUACCGAAGCAAGGCAACUAAAACCAUUUAAGAAACAAGAAAAGCACGAUUUUUCAGCUACCCUUCCUGCAAAUGCUUCCCUUCAAAUUGUAGGACAAAAGCGCAUUCCCCCACCAACUAAUCAAAAACAUGAAAUCGACAGUUCUCAUGCAAUGGGUGUAAAUGAUUUUCGACCUACAUCACCAGGAAAGAGUCCUGGAAUUGGGCACUCCUCUCCAGCCCAAAAGGACAACGCUGGAGGAAACACUGAUGUCUUUCGACCCACAGGACCAGGUCACAGUCCCGGUAUUGGUCAUUCUUUUGCAAACAAGACCACUGGACCAAAUGCAUAA